AUGGCAUUCAGCUUUGGCUUCUCGGGGGAUGACAUCGACCUUGAUGAUUCUGAGAUUAAUAAUGAGGCUCAGGGUGUCUUUGUUCCGACAAGCAAUGGCAACACCUUACCUGAACUGGUGAAGGCUGCCAAACAUGAUAUGGAUGAGUGGCUCUCAAUUCUUCCAUCGCAAAUUUUCUUCAAUCGACUUGCAAUCAGCGGUACACCUAUUGUCAUUGGGCGUAGAGAAGUCAUCGACAUUCGCACUCAAUUGAUGGCGGAAGAUACCGCAGACCAUGAAAAUGAAGAACUGAUUGCUGGCAUUGAAGAAGGCGAUCUUAAGCCAAAUUUCUAUGAGGGUGGUUUUAAGACCUGGGAGUGCUCCUUGGAUCUGGCUAAGCUUGUGGCUGGCGAGAAUACUAUUACUGAACCGCUGGGUGAUUCCCAGACGAAUAUCCAUACUAUUGAGCUGGGUUCUGGCACUGCGGUACCAUCAUUGACUCUUUUUGCCCACAUUCUCAAUCAAACGGAGUCCUCGGAAGGAACUAAAAACAUUCAUUUCACUUUCGCAGACUACAAUGAUGAUGUCCUGCGACUUGUCACAUUGCCAAACUUGCUGUUGACAUGGUAUAUCAAUCGCCAACAGGCUACUCCGGCACCGGAAGAGCAGAAUCCCGCUCAAGUGCAACAGGAGGAAGAGCUGGAUAUCACGCCUGAGCUGAUCAGUGAAUUCAAGAGUGAUCUUAUCCGACGUGGAAUCACUUUUGACUUUAUCUCAGGCGCUUGGUCUCCUGAAUUCGUUGAUCUGGUUUUCUCUGCUCGACCUGUUGGCGAUUACAAGACCUUGUUACUUGCAAGCGAGACUAUCUACUCCCCAGCAUCACUGAAGGCCUUCUCGGAGACACUUCUUGAUUUAGUGCGUCGCUCUAGCACGGAUUCCACGAAGAGCAGAGCCAUGAUCGCGGCUAAGAAGGUUUAUUUUGGAGUUGGAGGCGGAGUGGAUGAGUUCCUCGCAGUGUUGAAAGAGGUCGCUGCAAGCGAACUGCAAGUCGAGCAGAGAGUGGAUGUGAAGUCGGAAGGCGUCGGCAGGGUAAUCCUAGAGGUCACACCCACUUCUAAUUGA